AGAACACGGAGAGCCUGGACCAAAGAAACGUGGUGAUGGUGAUGAUCAUGAUGAUGGUGAUGAUGGUGAGGGUGGCAUCGACCUCCUCACCUUACUCUCACAUGGACAUUAAACCUGAGGUGGAGACAACUUUGGCCAAACCAAACUCGCAACUGCACUUCUGUCUGGGCCCGGGGGUCACACAGAUACCUGCCAACAUCUCCAGUGACAUCCGUUACCUGAAAGUCAGGGAGACGCAGAUCCGCGUGAUUCCUCGAGCCGCCCUCGCCAGCCUGCAGCAUCUGGAGAAACUCUUCAUCCUGAAAAACGGUGAGCUGGAGAGUAUCUACGCGUACGCCUUCAUCAACCUCGCCCGGCUCACCAAAAUCCACAUCUCAGAAAACGGUGCGUUGGAGACCAUAGGAGCUUUUGCUUUCUCUAAUCUGUCAGAGCUCACUGAGAUAAUCAUAACGCGAUCACCGCAGCUGAGGUACAUCCAUCCAGAUGCUUUCAAGGACAUUAUCAAACUGCAGUAUCUGGUCAUCUCCAACACCGGACUGUUAUGCUUUCCUGACGUCACCCAGAUUCGCUCUGCUGCUGACCGCUUCCUGUUCCAGCUGAAUGAGAACAGCCUGAUAGAGCAAGUCCCCGCCAACGCCUUCAGGGGCCUCUGCAGCCAAACUAUCUCAAUAAUACGGCUCACCAGAAAUGGCAUCAAGGAGGUGGCAAGUGAUGCCUUCAAUGGAACAAAGAUGUACAACUUAUUCUUAAACGGCAACCAGCAUCUUACGCACAUCAGUCCCAAAGCCUUUGUGGGUUCCAGUGAGUUGGUGGUUCUGGACAUUUCCCACACGGCCGUCAGCUCCCUACCACAUUCCAUCCUUGGAGGACUCCACAAGCUAAUUGCGGAGUUUGCCUUCCAUCUGAAGGAACUUCCUCCUUUGCACCUCUUCACCAAACUACGCCAGGCCAAGCUCACCUACCCGUCCCACUGCUGCGCCUUUAACAAUAUGCACAGGAACAGUUCCAAGCAGAACCCCAAGUGCUUCCAACCCAAUGCUAAGGAGGAAAUCCACUUCUACCGGGACCACUGCACCAAUUCUACGUCAGUCACCUGCAGCCCAAUCCCGGAUGCUUUCAACCCCUGUGACGAUAUCAUGACGGGAAUCAUCCUGCGGGUGAUCAUCUGGAUUGUCUCUGUCCUUGCACUGUUGGGGAAUGUGGCCGUUCUUCUUGUUUUGUUAGGUAGUCAUGUCAAGCUCACUGUUCCUCGUUUCCUCAUGUGCCACUUGGCUUUUGCUGACUUCUGCAUGGGCAUCUACCUGGUUGUCAUAGCAACCGCAGACAUGUUCACUCGUGGCCGGUACUACAACUACGCCAUGGACUGGCAGACAGGCCUCGGGUGCAGUGCUGCAGGAUUCUUCACGGUGUUUUCCAGUGAGUUAUCAGUGUUCACAUUAACUACAAUCACCUUGGAGCGCUGGCAUACGAUCACUCACGCCCUCCGACUGGACCGCAAGUUCCGCCUGCGACAUGCUUGUUUUGCCAUGACAGCAGGCUGGAUCUUCUCCUUGCUGGCAGCUUUGCUGCCCACAGUCGGAGUCAGCAGCUACAGCAAGGUGAGUAUCUGCCUGCCCAUGGACGUGGACUCUGUCUUGUCUCAGGUCUAUGUGGUGUCUUUACUCAUCCUCAACGUUCUAGCCUUCUUUUGCGUAUGCGGCUCUUACCUCAGCAUCUACCUGACCGUCCACAACCCCUCAUCAGCGCCGGCUCACGCCGACACACGCGUGGCCAAACGCAUGGCCGUGCUCAUCUUUACCGACUUCCUGUGCAUGGCACCCAUCUCCUUCUUUGCCAUCUCGGCUGCCCUCAAGCUCCCGCUCAUCACUGUCACAGAAGCCAAAAUCCUGCUGGUUUUCUUCUACCCCAUCAACUCGUGCUUCAACCCUUUCCUCUACGCUUUCUUCACUCGCACAUUCAGGCAGGAGUUCUUUCUGCUCACGGCACGUUUUGGCCUGUUUAAGAUGCGGGCGCACAUUUACCGGACAGAGAGUUCAUCCUGCCAGCAGCCAGCAUGGACCUCUCCUAAGACCACUCAUGUGAGCCUCUGCUCUCUGGCUAAUGCGAUGAGUACUGAUGGAAAACAAGAGUGCUGUUCAAAAAACUGAGUUCGGCUAUUUUGGUUUUGCCGGAUUGAAUGGGAGGGGCUUAAAGUACAUUCACCUGAACAACUCUCAGCAAAAAAGCAAACAAA